AUGCGCUAUGCCGUCCUCGUCACCGGCCCAGCUGGCGCUGGAAAGUCCACCUUCUCCACCUCUUUCAUGACACACCUCCGCAUGGCUAAACGGCCCGUGAACAUCGUCAACCUUGAUCCAGCAGCAACCGGCGACGCCUUCGAGUACGAGCCUGCGAUCGACAUACGCGACCUCGUUUCUCUGGAGGACGUUAUGUCGGAAAUGGGUUAUGGCCCAAAUGGUGGUCUUGUCUACUGCUUCGAGUACCUGCUGCAAAAUAUGGACUGGUUGGAAGAAGAGCUGGGUGGUUAUGACGAAGAUUACCUGAUCAUAGACUGCCCUGGGCAAAUUGAGCUCUACACACACCACCCCUUCCUCCCCACCUUGGUCCGAAAUCUGACCCGAAUGGGUAUUCGCACAAGCGCUGUGUACCUCCUUGAGUCUCAGUUUGUUGAGGACCGAUACAAGUAUUUCAGCGGCGUUCUGUCUGCCAUGUCUGCUAUGGUGAAUCUAGAAGUACCUUGGAUCAAUAUCAUGUCAAAGAUGGAUCUCAUCACAUCCAAUCCCGACGACCCCUCUGGAGGCGCGCGGAAUGGCCGAAGGGCCCGCAAAGACAUCGCUCGUUACCUCGAACCGGAUCCGUUACUCCUCGCUGGGGUUCCUGGCGCUCCAGCUGAGGCAAAUCCGCGGUUCCAUGCGCUCAAUCAAGCUAUCGUACAACUUAUUGAGGACCAUCCUCUUGUCUCAUUCCUCCCCCUAGACUUGACAUCUACAGAUUCACUCGAGACUGUCGUUAGUCAUAUAGACUUUACUAUGCAAUACGGAGAAGACGAAGAACCAAAAGAGCCACACGACCUUGACGAGGGCGACUUUGCGGACAUGGAGUGACAUACGACAGAUUUUCCCUUUACCACGUGCUCCUAGUGUUGUCAUUAUCAAACAAGAUACGAGCCUCCAAUCCGUGCAAUUCGGUGGUACAUUUUGCC